AUUACCCUCAAGUUUAGUUUCCACACAUUCCUCAGCAGAUGUCAAACUUCGUACCUGAUCCUCUCGAAGAUUGCCCUCCACCCUUGGGAGAGGAGCCAAGUCACCCAGAGCACCCGGGAGAGACAAACCUCGUGAUCAAUGAAGUGUUACAAGUCAUUAUCAAUACCAUUCUAGCAACGCUUUAUCGCGUCAUUACUCUGCUACUUCGUUUCACGACACGCUCUGUACCGGAUCAACUUGAUUAUACCAUCCCACCUGUGAUCGAGGAGCUAAGCCGCCCAGAACACCCCCAGAACCCAAGAGAGACACACCUCAGCAGUGUGCAGGAAGUCGCCAUCACUACACAGACUGACGGUGCUGAAUGGCAGACGAGCAACACACCUGUACAUGUAGACCAGGCCAUCGUCGAAUGGAACGAGCGCAUACCACUGCCAUCCGAACCAUCAUCUAAAGUUCGGCUCGGCGUGUAUGCCUCAUUUGAAUUGGAUCCCAUGCUCGGUCAUGGCGAACUCCUUCGCACGUUCGAGAUCUCCGUUGGCGAAUUGUUGGAUCGCAGUGAAAAAUCGCUUCCCAUGAUCUUUGAGCACAAGCAGGAGGAAGUUGUAUCCUCUUGUACUUCACUGUUGGUAUUGAUGGAGCGGCGACGUUCUCAUGAAAAUUCCACCACAGUUCUUCGUCUUGUUACUCCCUCAAAAUUGACACAGAACAAUAGGGAUCUCGACCAAUCCAUAAAGCACUUCAAACGCGCCUAUGAUCUCUGCCCCACGGAUCAUCUCUGCUGCCCUGUAGCACUGUUCAAUCUAGCCACCGCGAAGUUUGUUAGUUGCCAAACUAGUGGGUCAUACCCUGACCUCGACGACCCUAUCUCACUCUUCCAAGACGCCCUUGAUUUGCGUCCCACUGGUCAUCCGGACCUGGCCCGCCACCCAACUCCAUCUUGCCAGUGGCUCUGCUAUCUCGUUUUGCGAAAGGGCAUUGUCAAAUAG